AUGCGCAGAGGGAACACCUCUCCCCACUCCACGGCCGCACCGGCGAUCGAUCGUAGACGGCGCGGCUAUACCUCCCCUUCUUCACCCAUUCCCCUCACCCUUCAGCCCUAUCAGAAAAGGGGCGCGGGUCCGGUCGAGAGUUCGCAUACGAGUUUCGAAGUCGCUCGGGCGCCCAUAAAUUCUUCGGAUGAGAGUAGUCCUAUAUUGGCAUAUUCACACGCCUAUCGUCGUCCAAUCGAUAUAAGUUUAGUUAGCGAAGAGCGUCGAGUGCUAGCAUCCUGUUGCUCACCCGACGAGGGUGUAACGAUCGCCCGCCGACGACGUAACGCGCAGGUCACGACCACGCCGUGUUCACGACACAACCCCCCCCCCCCCACCCUGCCGCUACCGUAUUCCGAGAGGGCG